AUGGCUCGCUACAACGAAUUCGCCGGCCCGAAGCUGCCGACACAGUUGUUGGAAAAGGUGUACGGCGGAAGAGUGGACAAGCACGGCAAGAAGGAAUCCUCGCGCAAGGAAAAGCGCAAGGCCGAACGGGAGUCGAAGAAAAAAGUGCCGUUGAGAACGAAGAAGCCGGUAAAAUGGCAGGCGGCGGCGGCGGCGAGGAAAGCAGAGGAGAGUGGGAGUGGGAGUGGGAGUGAGGAAGAUGUCAAGGCCAAGAGUAAAUCAGCGGUUCCAGCGAAGGAUGCGAAACCGGUGAAGAGCAUUCUGAAGAAGCGGGCGAGUCCCGAGCGGGUGGAGGUCACCAAGGCUAAGGUCCAAACCAAGGAGGAGAUGGAARGCGAGGACGAAGAGGAGGAGGAGACGGACAUUGAUGUCGAUUCCAUUGGAGACGGCACUCUGGACGACGUGGACGACUUUACCGUCUCACGCGAAGCCGCGAAGGCGAAGCUGGCAGACGACGACCAUAUCAUUGCGGCGCUGGAGAGGAAGUUGGGGAUGAAGGGAAAGGGCAGCAAAUCCAUCACCGACGACGAUUGGGACUUUCUCAUGACCGGCGACGAUGGAGUGGAGGGGGUGGAGGAGGAGGAGGAGGAGGAGGAGGAGGAUGGUGAUGCGGCGCUACUCACACCGAGCAAGGGUAAGAGGAAGCGAGGACAGGUCGAGGGAAAGAGUGCGGCGGAUGAGGAAUGGCUGGAGAGCAAGCGGAAAAAGGCCAGGAGCGCGGAGAAGGCAGGUACGGGCGCGAAAGCAUCCCAGACUGGCAAAAAGGUGGCAGUUGAGGCAGAGGGUGGAAAGGAAGACGACGACGACGAGGACGACGAAGAAGAGGAAGAGGAAGGGUUGGCCGGCGAUGACAUGGACGGCCUGGAAAAUCCCUUUUCCGCCGACGAAAUGUCCGCCGACGACUUUGACGAGUACGAAGACAGCGAGGAUGAGGAUGAGAAUGAAGAAGAAGGCAAGGAGACCACAGCGGCUCCCACGCGAAAACGGGAGAAUCCAUACGUCGCGCCCGUCGACUCGUCUUCUACGCCCAUCCAAAAGUACAUUCCUCCCUCCAUGCGUCRAGCGUCCUCAUCUGAUGAACAAGUGCUCAAGAAUCUCCGCCGACAAGUCCAAGGCCAGCUGAAUCGCCUGUCGGAAGCCAACCUCGCCUCCAUUCUCGCAUCCAUCCUUGACCUCUACUCCUCCAACGCCCGCCAACACGUCACCUCCGUCCUCGUCUCGCUCCUCACCAACCUCAUCGCCGACCCUUCCGUUCUCACCGACACCUUUCUCAUCCUCCACGCGGGAUUCGCCACCGCCCUCUACCGCUCUCUCGGUCCCGACUUUGGUGCUCCCCUCCUGGAAUCUCUCGUUCAAUCCUUCGACACCCAUCACUCCUCCUCAACAGCCUCCAAACAGCCCCUCAACCUCCUGGCCUUCCUCUCCACCCUCUAWACCCUCCAAUCAAUCUCCCAUUCCAUCAUCUUCGACUACAUACGCCUCCUCCUCUCCACCUUCUCCGAAGCCUCCACCGAGCUCCUCUUGCGAAUCAUCCGCAUCUCCGGCCCUCAGCUCCGCCAAGAUGAUCCUUCUGCUUUGAAAGACAUUGUCCUGAUCCUCCAACGCGAAACCGCGAAAAUGGGAGGGGAAGCAAACCUUUCCGUCCGCACAAAGUUCAUGAUGGAAACAAUCAUCAACUUGAAAAACAACCGCGUCAAAACGGGUGUGGCAGCCAAGGCUCUCAGUGCAGAACACAUGCUACGCAUGAAGAAGAUUCUCGGAGGCAUCAAAGGUGCCAAAACGACGGAACCUCUAAGAAUCACCCUCGAUGACAUUCGAGAUAGUGAGAAAAAGGGGAAAUGGUGGCUUGUGGGAGCUAGUUGGAAAGAUCCCGCAAAACAUGACGUUUCCUCUUCUUCGUCUGCCGCUACUCAUCUCCCACUCCCUCCCACCGCCGCAGUCUCUCAGGCCGACGAAGAUGACGACGGUAGAGACCUCGAAGCACUAGCCCGCUCCCAGGGAAUGAACACAUCCAUCCGCUCCGCCCUAUUCAUUGCCAUAACCGGCGCCGUCGAUCCUCAUCAUGCACAACUUCGCAUCGGGAAACUGUCAUUGAAGAACAAACAAAUGGGAGAGAUCCCGCGGGUGUUGGUGCAUUGCGUUGCCAUGGAAGGGGUUUACAAUCAUUUCUAUACUUGUGUGGGGAUGUUGUAUGCUGGGGAUGUCAAGAUGAAGAGGGCAUGGGGCGUUGUACUUUCGGAUUUCUUGCGAAAGUUGGAAGGGGAGGAGGAGGAGGGAGAGGAAGUGCGAGUCAAAGAAGUAUAUGCGGUGGCGAAGAUGUUUGGGACUCUGGUCGCCGAGGGGUUGUUGAGGGUUACCGUGUUGAAGAUGAUGGAAUUCGGAGAUCUUGCUCCGAAAGCAAAGAUCUUCGUCCAAGUCUUCUUCAGCACUGUUUUUAUAGCUUUGAGGAAACGAGCUGCAGGACAAGUUGGAAAGGGAAAAGGCGAGGAAUGGAAAUCUAGAAAGGAGGAGGUGUUUGAAGGGGCUGUCGGGGAGGUUUUUGAACAAGCUCAUGCCGUGCCGGAUAUGGUUCUUGGGUUGAGAUUUGUGGUGGAGAAGAUUGUUAGGGCAUGUGAGGUCGCGGGGAAGAAAGGGGGCAAGGAACAGAGGGCUGUCGAGGAAGGGUGUGAUGUUGCUGUGAGGGUGCUCAGUGAGGCUCCCAAGAAGAGGGUCGAGUUUGAGGGCAAAGGUGAGGAUGGUGCAGAUAGUGACUGA